AUGACUUCUGCGCCAGGAAUGAAAGUCGUCAACAUUGGUACGCGGCGAUCGCAACUCGCCAUCGCUCAAGUCGACAUGAUUGUCAAACAUCUCCAAACCUUCGCACCAGGUCCCGAAUACAGGUCACAGGUGGUCAGCACAAUGGCCGACGAGAAUCAAGUCAAAUCUUUUCAAGACUUCNNCAACGCCAAAAGCAUCUGGACUGAGGAGCUGGAAAAACUCCUGAUGGAGAAGAAACUUGACAUUUUGAUUUUUUUGCUUUUACANGAUGUACCGACAAUAUUGCCCGAAUCUUGCAUCCUGGGCAUCAUCUGCGAGCGCGAAGACGCUCGCGACGUGAUGGUGAUGAAGCAAAAUUCGGCCUUCAAAUCCCUUCAAUCACUUCCCUCUGGAUCCGUCGUUGGCACCUCUUCUGUGCGCAGAAAAGCUCAGAUCAUGCGCCACUAUCCCAAUCUGAUUUGUGAGGACGUCCGAGGCAAUCUCAAUACAAGAUUACGGAAAUUGGAUGCCGAAGACAGUCCUUAUGCGUGUUUGAUUCUCGCUGCUGCAGGCUUGAAGCGCAUUGAUCUUGGAUACCGGAUCACGCAGUAUCUGGGACCGGAAGAUGGUAUGCUGUAUGCUCCUGGUCAAGGUGCGCUGGCGUUGGAGGUAAGAGAAGGUGACGAGCAGACGCUUCAACUGCUGAGCUCGUUAUCUCACCAAACAACGACGUUGGCGUGUCUUGCUGAGAAGAGCCUCUUGAAGACCUUGGAAGGCGGGUGCAGUGCACCUGUCGGAGUUCACACUGAUUGGGAAGGUGAUUUGUUGGUUUUGCAUUCAACGGUCACCAGCCUCGACGGCAAGCAGAUGGUAGAGAUGAGCACCAAGCAUGUGGUCAAAACUAUAACCGAGGCUGAAGCUCUUGGAAAGGAGUUGGCGGAUAGCAUGAUCGCGGAAGGCGCCAACACCAUUUUGGAAGAAAUCAGAGCUGGUCUCAGAUGA